UCGCACAUGGCUACACAGACUAAAAUCAAAUAUAUGAUUUAUAAUUUAAUAUUUUUAAGUAAUUAAUCUUUUCCUUUAUUUUAUAAAUCCAGUUAAAGUAAAUAGGUGUCCACAUCCACAUUCAUGUACACCGUUAUCAAGAAUCUGUAUUUUUUAAACUGAAACAUCGGAGAAACAAUCCAAGUCAGCAACUGUGAUCGGUUGGAAGAUCAAUUAAAAUGGGUGUCCCUAAAUUCUUCAGAUAUACCAGUGAAAGGUAUCCUUGCCUGAAUGAGCUGGUGAAACAAUAUCAGAUACCAGAUUUCGACAAUAUGUAUUUGGACAUGAAUGGCAUAAUUCACAAUUGUUCUCAUCCCGACGACUCAAAUCCUCACUUCAGAAUCACCGAGGAGAAAAUCUUCCAAGAUAUAUUUCACUAUAUUAGUAUGUUAUUUCAAAUCAUAAAGCCUAAGAAGCUGUUCUUUAUGGCUAUUGAUGGAGUCGCUCCUAGAGCUAAAAUGAAUCAGCAAAGAGGCAGGAGAUUUAGAUCUGCUCGGGAAGCUGAAAAAUUGGAAGAAGAUGCGAAAGAGAAAGGGGAAAUUCUUCCAACGGAGAAGCGUUUUGACAGCAAUUGCAUUACACCUGGUACGGUGUUCAUGGCACGCUUACAUGAGCAGUUGAAAUACUUUGUUAAAAAGCAAAUAUCUGAAGAUCCACUUUGGGCUAAAGUGAAAGUAAUACUAUCUGGACAUGAGACACCCGGUGAAGGAGAGCACAAGAUUAUGGAUUACAUACGUUGGGCUCGUUCGCAGCCUGACUACGAUCCUAAUACUAGACAUUGUUUGUACGGCUUGGAUGCUGAUCUUAUAAUGUUAGGAAUGUGCACCCAUGAACCACAUUUUGCACUAUUGAGAGAAGAGGUCAAGUUCGGUAAAACAACACAACGUGCUACCAGUCCUGAAGAAACAAACUUUUACCUCCUCCACUUGUCUCUCCUUCGUGAAUAUUUAACCCAAGAGUUCAUAGACAUCAAGGAUAACUUGCCAUUCAAGUAUGAUAUAGAGAAAAUUGUUGAUGAUUGGGUUUUAAUGGGUUUCCUAGUGGGCAAUGACUUUAUACCCAAUUUGCCAAAUAUGCAUAUAAAUAAUGAUGCAUUGCCAAUAUUAUAUAAAACAUAUAUGACAGUUUUGCCAACAUUAGAUGGUUAUAUUAACGAAGCAGGGGAUCUAAAUCUACCUCGAUUUGAGCUGUUUCUGCAGGAAUUAGCUAAAAUUGAUAAAGAAAAGUUUCAAGACACAUAUGCUGAUUUGAAAUUUUUCGAAGCUAAAACAGGACGGAGACCAAAUGAAAAUGAAAGAAAAGUGUACAAGCCAAACAAUGAUGACACAUUCAAUGUAAACAUAGAUGACAUCAAAGCCAACAAGCCUGAUGAUGAAUUACAAGCACUCAUCAAAGCCACGGAGGAUAUGUAUAUGGACGACAUGGAUAUGAAUAGUGAUGAGGAAUACGAAGAAACGAGUGAUGAGGAAGCAAACAUUGAAAUGGAGUUUAUUCUGCACAAGAAAGAUUAUUAUAUGAACAAAUUAGACUACUCCAAAGUUACUGACGAGGUGUUGGCUGACCAAGCGGAGGGCUACGUGCGCGCUAUUCAAUGGAACCUGUGGUAUUACUACAAGGGCUGCCCCUCCUGGUGCUGGUACUACCCCCACCACUAUGCACCAUACAUCUCCGAUAUCAAAGGGUUCAAAGAUCUCAAGAUAGAGUUUGAAUUGGGUGAACCUUUCAAACCUUUUGAACAAUUAUUAGCAGUGUUGCCAGCUGCCAGUAAGCACCUUCUGCCUACCCCCUUUCACGAUCUAAUGACAGAUGAAGACUCUCCCAUAGUGCAUUAUUACCCUGUGCACUUUGAGACAGAUCUCAAUGGCAAGAGGAAUGAUUGGGAAGCUGUUGUGCUUAUACCGUUUAUUGAUGAGGCAAAUUUGCUAUCAGCAAUGGCUCCUUGUUACCAACGAUUGACUGAAGACGAAUUAAAAAGGAAUAGUCAUGGACCCAUGUUGAUAUACAACUGGUCACCUGCUAACUUAGGUGUGGCACUUGCUCCGGCCUACUUCCCACCUAUAACAGAGAACCACGCUAUCGAGCUGUUGGUGUGGAGGUCCAAGCUGGAUGUGCCCGAAGAACAGCUAAAGAGAGGCAUGCUGCCCAAUGCCAAGCGUGAUCUUCUGUAUCCUGGCUUCCCUACCAUGCGGCAUCUUAAGUAUCAGACGAGCUUGAUGAAGAAGCAUGUGAAAGUAUUUGACCAGCCGUCUCGCAAUGAGAACAUGAUUGUGGAGAUAAUAAGAGAGGAGGAGCCUCCAGUAGAGCAGGUUGCCCGGGAACUGCUUGGCAAGGUCAUAUGGGUUGGCUGGCCUCAUCUCACUAAAGCCAAAGUGAUAUCAGUAUCAAAUGAGAAGAUGAGACUGCAUCACAUCGGUAAGAAUUCAGAAGUUCAAGGUGCUUACUCUACAGAGAUGAACGCUGGCAAUUUGCACAAGCAGUGGAUAUCAGAACGAUCUACUAUUAUUGAACAUAAUAUGAAUCGAUUGGGCAUUGAGUUGGGUGAUGUCAAUAUUAUAGUUCACGCUGUUAAUAUUAAAGGUUACAAAUACAUAAUCCAAGAUAAUACGAAGAUGGUACGUAAGGCGGAGUGGUGCGAUGUGCCCUGUGGGUACGCGUUGCAGGCCGUGGUGCCUACCGCCAGCGCCUACGUCACUCAGACCCCCAGCAAGUUCUGCACCCCCCAGGAGGCCUAUCCCACAGGAGAUCAGGUGUUUUUGCUGACGCAGGGACAGUACUAUGGAUGUUUAGCUAAGAUCGUGGAGUCGGAGGGUAUGGGCAGCGGGCGCAUCAAAGUGUUGGUGCGCGAGGCGAGCGAACCCGUGCCCAGCUGCCGCGCCACCGCCAGCCCCUACCGAGCCGCGCACCACGCCGCUGCAGCCUGUGGUAUAUCCGCACAAAUGCUAUCUCGUAUCACCGGCACUGUUCUCGUUAUACUUGGAGAAAGGAAUAAUCUCCCUACAGAGAACCAAAACAAACUUAAUAUCGGACUCAAUCUCAAAUUCAACAAAAAGAAUCAAGAAGUAUCCGGCUACACGCGUCGCUGCGCCGUGAGCAACGCGUGGCUGUACUCAGAACGCUGCAUUAAUCUUGUUAAAUCUUACGCGCAACAAUUCCCGGAGAUCUUCGACAAUCUGCCGUAUCACUAUGAUAAGAAUGUCAUAUUCGAAGAGGAACUCUGGCCAGGAGAAGUCGGUGAGAAGAAGCCUCAAGCGGUGAUGAGUUGGCUGAAGGAGCAGGGUCACGGCAAGGCGGCACGGAGAGCGUGCGGCUCUCAGGCGCUGGAGCCGGAGGAGAUGCGCGUGCUCGCCGCAGACGUGGACGCGCAGCUGCAGAGCACUCAGAUUGAGAAAACACCCACGCUGCACGUCAAGUGGAACCUUCUCUAUAAGCCGGAGCUACACGAAGGCAACAUAUCACCGGAUCCUAAAGCCGACUACGAGAUGUUUGACCGCGUGGUGUGCGUGUCCCGCACUAUGAGCGUGCCGUUUGGUCUGCGCGGCACCAUCACCGCCGUGUACCAGCCCGGGGACUGCAACACGGUGCGUCUUGCUGACAAACUCAACGCCACGCCCUCCUACCAAGUCAUGUUCGAUAAACCAUUCCCUGGAGGUAUGGUGGAGGAAGGAUUCAAUGAAGCAAGGUUUUAUAGAAUGCAAAACACGAAGAUGUUGAACAUAUCGUACGGUCGCAAGCUGCGCACCGAGCACGCGCCCGCAGAGCCGGAGUGGGCCGCACUCAACGCGCCCGUGCUGCUGCGCCGCGACCAACAUCGCUCUGCCUUCGCCAGCUAUAGUCCGACGGGAGACAGACAGACGCCGAUUGCUGAUAACAAGAAUAAACCGGUUCCCAAUGUUGUCAAAAAUGGUGCCCCUCCGGAUAACGCAACAAAUCUGCUUCGAAGUUUAUUAAAAAUAAGCGAAAAUGAAUCUGAUAACAAUAAAAAGAAUAAGAAUCCAGUUGAACAAAACAACUGGCGAAAAUCCGACAAGAAUCCAAUGUCGCCGCCAAAGACAACACAAGACAACUGGCGUAAAGAAAGUAAUCCUUCGAUCAGUGGCAGUCGACCGCCGCCACAAGGCUUACCCAAUGAAUGGACUAAUAGCAACUUUAAGAAUCCGCCGCCGUUCCCUCAGAUGGGCGUGUCCAAAUCCUUCCAGGGGCCCGGAGCGGCGCACCUACCCUUCCCGCAGUUCCGCCCUCACCCUCCGCAGCCAGUGUUCGCGAACAAGGCCCCCAAUAACAUCGUCCUAGGACCCAGCUGGAUACAAGGAAAUAAUCUAUCAACAGUGCCCAGCGUGGGCAAGCCGGCGAGCGGCACACAGAACACGGAAAGAGUCGCCAAUCCAUUCGUGCCUCUGCAAGUGCAGACUAGUCAGAGACGAGUACAAAACAAUAGUGUUCCGACAAGCAGUAGAAGAGAUCCGGAGGGUGCGCCUGCGCAGCCAGUGCCGCAACACUCCACACAACCACAACACAUGCUGCAACAUGACGACCCGACGCCGCAACAGCCACAAAAUGCGAAAAAGAAACCGCAAAGAAAGAAGAAACCGAGGAUAGCUGCUAACUUACCUUUCCAAAUGGACUAAAGUCUAAAUAUACAUAAUAUGUCUGUGCGUCUGUGUAUAUGUAUAAAUAAUAAUCAUUUUUAAUCUUAUAAAGACAACGCAAAGUGAUUAGAUCAGUAAAGAAUUACAAGUGAAUUUUUGAUAUCAUUGUCACACGACUCGACGGGGGCAUAGCCGUGCCCCUAAAUUUAACUUAGUUAUGUUGUUAGUCAGAUUAAAAAAAAACGCGAAGCAAAUGUAUAAUAAAAUAAAUUUUCAAAAUGUUGCCAGUUUUGCAACAUUUUCCAUUCAUGAUCUUUAUUAAUCUAAUCACAAAAAUAUAAUUUAUUUGUAUGACUGUGUACUUAAUUGUACAUUUUGUAUAUAAAUUUAUAUUGUAAGGACAUCUUUUAAGAUAUGUUGUCAUAAUUAAGAUUAUGUUGACGAUAAAU